AUAUAGGUAGGUAUAUAUAUACAUCAUGACAGAUGACUAAAGUGCAGGUGCACUAAACGAAAACAACCGAAGGGAAACUGUCAUUCAUAGUUAGAGAACGUCAUGCACGUAGUCUUCUACUUCAGUCUAUAGUGUAAAAGCAACAAUAGAAAGAAUGUGAGAAAUUUUUUGCCUAUUUCACCCUUUUCAAGUGCCACAAAGGAAUAAUCUGAGCAGCAUGAAUUACGUUCGACAAGCUCCAACUGAGGAAUGUCCUCUAACAAAGGAGAGACAAAGCUGCUCUUUCAGCGACUGCUGUGGAUUUCGUUCCAUAAUAUGUUCAUUCGUCGCUCUGACUGCUGUUAUUACUGCUGCUUUGAUUCUUCAAUUAGUUUAUGACGACAAUGCUUUUCAAGGAAGACUGAAUGUUCAUGGAGCAGUUGCAACUGACUAUAGUCAAUGCUCUAAAAUUGGAACGAAAAUACUUAUGAAGGGUGGCAAUGCUGUUGAUGCUGCUAUUGCAGCAAAACUUUGUAUGGUUGUAGUUGCUCCUCACAAAACUAGCCUGGGAAGUGGUGGAUACAUCAUCAUUUAUAAUCAUAAGGAUCAAGAACAUCCUAGAGUAAUAGAUUUUUUAAGCAACACUGUUCCAGAUGAAUUUAAAAAUGUAAACUUGAGAAUCCCAGUUAUGCUCCGAGGUUUGGAGUAUGCUCAUAAUAUGUUUGGAAAAUUAGUAUGGCAAGAUUUGUUUGAACCAUCCAUCACAUUAGCACGGGAAGGAUUUGAAAUUUCUAGAGACUUUGCAAAUGAAGCUACAAAAAAUACUAAUCUAGGAAUUUUCCAACAUAUUAAUGCAGGAGAAAAGAUCAAAUUGCCUGAACUUGCUAACACUCUGGAAAAUGUAUCCAAAUUUGGAACAAAUGUUUUUUAUAAUGGUCUUUUAAGUUCUAAAUUAUUUGCAAAUUUGCCUGGAAUCGAAACAAAAAAUUUAUUAAAUCUAAUGUCUACCUAUAAACCAAAAGUAGUUGAGGCCCAAAAGUCUAGUCUUGCUCAGUAUGCAGUUUAUUAUCCACCAAGCUUGAAUUUUGCCCAAUCAAUUAUUGAAGAACUGGAUAAAUUUAAUGCAUCAAAAGAAAAUGUUUCAUCAAUAGAAUCAGAAAUUAUGGUGGCUGAAGCUAUAAUAAAGUUGGUCCACCAACUCAAAGAUCCAUACAUUAGCUUUACUGAGAGUAGAAGAUACACAGGUGUCACUUCUGUAGAUUGGCAAGAUUCAUACGUUUCAAUAGUGACAGGGUUAAGUUCACCAUUCAAUUCAAAAUACAUGACUGAGGCAGGAUUUGUUUUAGAUAAUGUAGAUAAUGAAAAUUCACUUUUGUCUUUGACUCCAAUAGUAUUUUAUGAUGAAACAGCAGUAUGUGGAUUGCGAGGAGUUUUUAGUGCUGAUGAUUCAAUAAUUGCUGGACAAAUGCUUUACAAUUUACUAAUACGUUCUAUGAAUGUUUCUGUAGCUGUUGAAUACCCAAGGUACUAUGUACUCGAUGAUGGGAUUGCUGUAGAAAAUGAUGAUAGACAUUCAGGAAAUCAACUAUUACGUGACAGUCUAAUUGCUAUAGAUACAGUAUCCAAAAUUGAUGCUAACAUGAUAAUGAAAAGUGUGAAUGUUAUAAUUAAACGAAAGAAUCUGAUAAGUGGUCAUUCUGACAGUAGAGUGGAUGGACUGGCAUCUAGAUUUUAAAAUAAUUCUGAAUCCUUUUCAUACAAUAAUUAAUUUAAAAAUGAUGUGAUAUUUACUGUGUUCUUAAAUGCAUAUUAAUGUAUUUUUUAUUGUACUUAUCCGUCCAAAAGUAAUAUUCAUAAAUAUUUUACAACUACA